AUGAUUGCGGCUGUCAACCGAGUGCCGGCAGGCUGGGGCGAGGAUGAGAUGUCUGUGCUGCCGCGGCAUACCAAGGUGGUGGUCACCGGCAACAACCGCACCAAGUCGGUGCUCGUGGGCUUGCACGGAGUCGUGAAGAAGGCCGUCGGCCUCGGAGGAUGGCAUUGGCUGGUUCUUACUAAUGGAAUAGAGGUAAAGCUGCAGCGUAAUGCUUUAAGUGUGAUUGAACCUCCGACUGGCAACGAGGAUGAUGAUAAAUUUGAUUGUGAAAACAUGCAGUGGAAUAGUUCAGAUAUGGCCUCCGAUGAUGCACAAUCACCAAAGCCACAGCGGUCAAGAAGCAGGCAGCAUAGGGGUUUCCACAGAAAAUCCCUCAGCCGUUCAAUGUCAUGUGACUCCCACUCCAAGACGUCUGUGUCAUCUUCCUCAAGAGCUCACACGAAAGUUGACCUGAGCAAGCUAGAACUGACUGCACUGUGGAGAUAUUGGCGCCACUUCAAUCUCGAUGCAUGUCCUAAUCCAUCCAGGGAGCAGUUAGUUGAUGCUGUUCAAAGGCACUUCACGUCCCAGGUCAUUGUCGGCUUUGUGCAAGCUGCAAAGAGGCUGAAGACAACUAUGAAAGUGGCCUGA